AUGGAUCAAGGCCUAACCGCCGCCGAGCAACGUGAGCUCGAGGCCCGCCUCCAAAAGCGCCAGGUCAAGGAGUUUAUGAACGUCUUCGGCAACCUAGUAGACACCUGUUUCACCGCCUGCGUGGAUGAUUUCACGUCCAAAGCGAUUUCCAGCCGCGAGUCCGGGUGCCUGACACGGUGUGUCAGCAAGUCGAUGGCGACGCAGAACCGGUUGUCGGAGCGGUUUGCCGAGAUUAACGCGUCUGUUACCGCGGAGAUGCAGGGGAAGAGGUAA